GAAAGAAGAGAGAGAGAGAGAGAGAGAAGAGAAGAGAGAGAGAGAAGAGAAGAGAGAGGGAGAAAAAGAGAGAGAGAGAGACCAGUUCUCUUUGCGCUCUGCUUUUUAUUCAGCCAGUUGUAUCUCGCCGUCCGCUUUUCGAGAGCCCUUCUAAUUCUGCUCCUCUGUGAUUUCGUUUCUUUGGGAGCCUGAGACAAACUUCAAGAAAGCAGGAACGCAAACAAAGGACAGGCUGAAUCUACAGUAGUUGAAUCCAGCAGCGGAUAAAACACCUGCAGAACGAACAGCCAGGAGAUAAGAGGCCGAUCUGUCCAGGGGCGGUGAGGGAGACCGAGGCCAUGUCCUCCUGGUUCAGCUGGAACGAGCCCUACCGCCGCAGCCCGCGGCGGGACCCGGCCGAGGUGGUCACCGACACCCUGAUGCUGGAGUUCAACUGGCAGCUGAAGGAGGCGGAGAGGCUGCAGAGGGAGAGGGAAAAUGAAUACCGGCGCCUGAAGACCGGGGUGGACUACAGCUGGCUGGCCAGCACGCCGCGCUCCGCCCACAGCAUCAGCACCGGGGAGAGGCUGGGCCUGGAGGACCUCUGCUCCAAGGUGCCGCCGUCCUGCUGCGGGCUCGUCAUUCUCAAGUUCAGGGAGGUCAUGCAGGCCAACGAGCCAGAAGCCCAGGAGGUGUCCGGCCUGUUCCGCUCAGUCCUCCUGGAGGCUCUGGACCAACUGAAGGAGGAGCAGGAGGCGCAGAGGCUCGCCCGCCAAUGGAACAACAAGCGUGCCAUGAGCAUGUCCCUCAUAAAUUUCAGGUCUCGAAUCAAAAUCAACCCAUUUGGAAGCAUGGUGGGCCUGAACUCGGCCGUGGCUGACGGGACGGGGCUCAGCGACCUCAAAACCGUUUCCGAGGACGUGGAGAGAGGGGUGGAGAGCGAAGAGAGGGCGCAGAGGGUGUGGAGCGUGCCCGACUUCCGCUACAAAGGAAGCAGCAGCAGCAGCAGCAGCAGCAGCAGCAGCAAGGUUGUGUGAGGCGGCGUUCACAGGACAGAUGCUGAUGUUUCCAACUCCACUUUGCACCAGAUGCGGGAGGGUGAAUCCCAUCCUCCUCCUUCUCUCCUCAGCAACCUUUUGCUCUCAAAGGGUGACGUCAGGUAUUUCUCUCAGAUCUUCUGUUCCUUAAAAACUGAGUUCCAGCACUUGGAGGACUUUCAGCUUUAAUGAGAUUAUCACCCGUUGAAUGCCUCUUUUAGGCUUAGACACUUGGCAUUAAAGGUUUGUACUGAAACCUGGUACUUAUUUUAUUAAUAAGUUUGUUGUUGCAGAAGAAAAUGUUUGUCAGGCUGUUGUCUUUGGUAAAUCUCUCAAACUAUCUCUCAUGGUUAGUGUCAACAUUAAUGUCAUCCAGAGUAUGACACAGGCUUUCGCA